AUGAAGCUCUCGCAUUCGACCAGACGGCGAGAUCUCGCGAUCCUGUCCUCGAUCCUUCGCAUCUCCAGCCCAGUAUGCUCGAACUGUGCUGCAACGAGAAACAAUGACCGGUCGCGACGCCUGUCAUUGCCUCGAUCUUUCUCGGUCCUCAAUCGGCCGCCCCCAAACUACCCGGGCCAUGUUCCUCUGACGACCGUCGAGCGAUUCGGGCUUGCUGUGGGCAGUGCUGUUACAUCCCUUAUCGAUCCAUAUCGGCACGACAUGGUUGCUGCACUGGGCGAAGCCACGGCUCAGCCCUUCUUCAUCUCAUGGCUGCGGAGGCGAAUGCUCUCCGACCCGACAGGACGGCGAAUAUUGCGGGACAGGCCACGCAUCACAUCGAAAACUAUGCCGUUGGAGUUUCUACGAACGCUGCCGGAGAAUAGUGUCGGCAGGACGUACGCCGCGUGGCUAGAUCGCGAAGGCGUCACUCCUGAUACAAGAGACGCGGUGCGCUACAUCGAUGACGAGGAGGAAGCGUAUGUGAUGCAACGCUACCGCGAGUGUCACGAUUUCUACCACGCCGUGACGGGUUUACCGGUCUGGGUCGAAGGAGAACUGGGACUGAAAGCGUUCGAGUUCGCGAACACCGGGCUACCAAUGACGGGCCUCAGCCUUGCGGCCAUCAUCCGACUCAAGCCCUCUGAACGUCAGCGGAUGUUCCAGAUCUUCCUGCCUUGGGCAUUCGCCAAUGGCUGGCGCAGUAAGGACCUCAUCAAUGUGUACUGGGAAGAAGAGCUCGAAACUGAUGUCGCUGAGCUGCGGAAGAGGCUGGGUAUCGAGCAACCGCCGGACUUGAGGCAAAUUCGGAGGAAGUUGAGAGACGAGAGGCGUGCCGCGAAAGAGGCGGCAGAAGCCAAAACAGCUCCCCCGUAA